AUGUUCCCAUCGGCCAAUUCGUCGCAGAGAGCCGCUGGAUCUCUUUCGACGCCUUCUGCUGCCAGCACCAGGCGGAAAGUUGCCCUUAAACCUGGCCAUUCGCCGCUAGAUUGGGCCGCUUUGACCUCAAAAACUCCUAAACACAAACUUCGAGGUGUGGCACCCAGCACGCCACCAGCAGCGUUUGUUCAGGUGCCCAAAUCGGAAUUGAAGCUCCACAAAACACAAGAUGAUUGCUGGACCUGUAUCAAUGGAAAAGUAUUCAACAUCACACCGUAUGUGGAUUUUCAUCCUGGCGGAGUUGAUGAGAUUAUGAAGUGUGCGGGACGUGAUGGCACUGCUUUGUUCAAAAAGUAUCACUCGUGGGUGAAUCCAGAUCGAUUGCUUGAAAGUUGCAUGAUUGGAGUGAUUAAACCAGGAGACGAAUGA